AUGGAGCCUUCCAUUUUCUCUGCCGCUCUAGUCAAAGGACUGACCGACAAAAUAUAUGAUAAGAGAAAAUCAGCCGCACUUGAGAUCGAAAGACUCGUCAAGGACAAUGCCAAAGCACCAGAGAGAAUCAAGCAAAUCGUUAAUGAGCUUGUGCAAGACUUUGUUUAUUCAAACAAUCCAAAUGCUCGCUACGGCGGCUUGAUUGGAUUAGCAGCAACUGCCAUUGCCCUUGGACCAGCCAUCGCUCAAUACCUUGAUAUCAUCGUCCCACCCAUCCUGUCCUGCUUCAAUAAUCAGGACCAGAAAGUGCGUUAUUACGCAUGUGAGAGCAUGUACAACAUUGCGAAAGUAGCCAAAGGAGAAGUUUUGCGUUUUUUCAACAGUAUUUUUGACGCAUUGUGCAAGCUAUCGGCAGAUUCUGAGCUUACCGUAAAGAAUGGAGCAGAGCUCCUUGAUCGUCUCAUCAAAGACAUUGUGGCUGAACUUUCUACGACUUAUGUCUCACCUCAUCAAGUACCUCUCAACCCCGCAGAAGAGGGUCAAGAAGCGCUUGUCAUCCCUUCAUCUUUACCCAGAAACACAGCAUUUUCUCUUCCUCGGUUUAUUCCACUUCUCAGUCAACGUAUCUACGUACUGAACUCUAGUUCACGUAAUUACCUUGUGUCGUGGAUUUCUGCUCUUGAUUCUAUACCAGAUCUUGAGCUGGUAUCAUUCUUACCCGAGUUUCUAGAUGGUCUUAUUAAAUGUUUAAGUGAUCCAAGCAAUGACAUCCGAGUGGGUGUCAGCGCUCUAUUGACAGACUUCUUGGAUGAAAUUAAACAGGCUUCUACAGUACGUGAACAGCAGCAGCAAUCGGAAUACAGACGUACUUUGGAAGCCAACCGAAAGAAACGCCAAGAGGAACAGAGAUUGAAGCAAAAGCAAAAACAGGAACAGAGCUCGCGCUUAGAGAAACAGCAACAUAAUGAUUCCGUAUCUGAAGCUAAGGAAGGAGAUGAAGGGGAUAAGGAAGUUAAGAAGGAAGAAAAGGUUGAAGAUCAUCCAGUCCCCUCGGAAAAUGAUGCUGUUGAGAAUGACGACGACGAUAAUGAAGCUACAGACGUAGAAAGUGAUGGUCACGGAAAAGGAAGCUAUGUACCUGGGCAAGGUGUUAUUGUACAGUACGGCAAGAUCAUCGAAAUUCUUCUACCUCAUUUGUCUUCAGAAGAAGAAGAUAUUCAACGUACAGCUCUUCAGUGGAUCAAUGAGUUCAUUGUAAUUGCCAAGGAUAUCGUGAUUCAGUAUACUCCAAAGAUUAUUAAGGCUGUCUUACCGUCACUUGCCCAUCCUGUCAGUGUAAUCAGAAUGUACGCGCUGGAAACCAACCAAAACCUUCAGAAGCUUGUCCUUGAGACAACUAUGUCAUAUCCAGAACCCUCCGCAAGUAUGAGUGAUCCUUCCGGAAGUCCACAUAGUAUGGCAGCCACAGACUUGGAUGACUUCUCCCACAAUAGUGGAAACAAUCUGUCCAUCUUGCGUCGUACAAAUCGACUUGACUUUGGAUAUGGAAUUCAUAGUAUCUCGGGUGAUCCAUUCGAUUACCAAGCAACAGUUUCCAAUCUAUGCCUUCAAUUUCUUAAUGAGCAUGAAGAGACCCGUGUGGCCAGUCUUGAGUGGCUACUAAUGCUUCAUAAGAAAGCACCUAGCAAGAUCUUGCCUUCAGAUGAUGGUAUCUUCCCAGCAUUGCUAAAAACACUAUCAGAUUCAUCAGAAGAAGUUGUUAGACGUGACUUGCAGCUACUUGCACAAAUUUCGUUUCAUUCGGACCAUGAGUACUUUAGAAGCUUUAUGGUCAAUUUGCUUCUACUAUUCAGUACUGACCGCCGCCUACUUGAAUCAAGAGGAAGUUUAAUUAUUCGUCAGCUGUGCAUGAGUCUUGAUCCCGAACGAAUUUAUUGUACAAUUGCGGACAUAUUAGAAAAUGAUGAGGACCUGGAGUUUGCUAGUAUUAUGAUUCAACAGCUCAAUAUAAUUUUAAUAACUUCAUCAGAGUUAUCGGAUCUUAGAAAAAGAUUGCGAAAUCUGGAUAACAAGGAUAAUCAAAGGCUUUUUAUUGCUUUGUACAAAUCGUGGUGCCACAAUGCUGUAGCCACAUUUUCUCUUUGUCUUUUGGCACAAGCAUAUGAACAUGCUGCUAUCAUGCUCCAGGUCUUUGCAGAGAUGGAUAUUACUGUAAGCAUGCUUGUACAAGUUGAUAAGCUUGUUCAACUCCUUGAGUCUCCAGUGUUUACCUAUUUACGUCUCCAAUUACUGGAGCCAGAAAAACAUCCGUAUUUGUACAAAUGUCUCUACGGAAUUUUAAUGCUGCUUCCACAGUCAUCAGCAUUCUCUACUCUUCGUAACAGAUUGAGUAGUGUAUCAUCACUUGGGUUUUUGCAUGGAAUGCCAAAGAAUCCCCCGACUGUUUCUACUGAAGUCCCAAAAAGACAAAACAUUAAAGCCAGUAGCAGUGCAAGCUCUAAACAGAGCGAAGAGCCUGUAAUUAAAUAUCAAGAGCUCUUACAACAUUUCAAAAACGUACAGGCAAGACACGAAAGGCAAAGACGUCAGGCACUACACUCUAUUUCGAAUACCAAUGCAUUCAGAUCACGCAAGUUACGUUCCGGAAUUGCAUCUGGCUCAAGCAGUAUAGCCCCUACCGGGCCUUCUCGCCAAGGUAGUAUUAGAGAAGAUAUUACUAUGGGAUUCAGAAGAAUAAGUAUAGGAGGUUCAGGCGGAUCCAACGGUACUAUUUCGGGACCCAAUGCUGCUCGUCCUUCUACAAGCACCGGUCGGCCAACUCCAACCACAAGCGCAGCCUCCAGAAUGAUGCCAAGUCGCAAGGGUAGAAAGGCAUAA